AAUCAGCGGGCGAGCUUUGUGCCCACCGCCAAGAUCAUAUAGCUACUCUCCACAGGAAGAGUCUGCGAGAAUGCUCACAUUUUUUGGCUCGUAUCUCGUUAUCUGAGUAAUUUGACAAUAGUUGGUCAUAACUGAAUGUAUGCGAAAUCGUGUCAAAUCAAUACUAUAUCAAAAUGUAGACCAUACGAGGCAGAUGAACUGUCCGAAAAGGGAGUGAUGAACUCGCCAUUUUAGGAAUCUGAUGUCGGUGGACGAUUUGUUGUUGUUUUUCUGUGCCUAGAUUACGCCAAAUUGCAAGCAUUAUUUAAACUGUUGAAGACGUGCCAGACUAGCGGGAAUUAUCGAGCAGGCCAGGAUGACACAAAACCAGCAGAAUAUCACAACACUGCUGAUCCCAGACCCAAAUGGUGGUCAGCCACAGAUGAUAAAGGUGAUGGGUGGCAAGGGUGGCCACCUUCCCAUUCAGCUAACUGGAGUUAGUGCUGGUUGCUCUGGGGGCAAUGUAAAGGCCACCUUUGUCAAGACCUCUGGUAAUCAGGGUCAGGCUGUGUUGCAGACAAGCAAGCUGCCUAGUGGCCAAAUCAUCGCGAUUCCCACAAAGCAGAGCCAACUCAAUGCUCAAAAUAUGCGAGGAAAUCAAAUGGUAUUGCCUGUAAACAGUGCCCAUUUGAAAUCUCCUUUAAGAACCAUGGAGCAGCAGCAGCACACAGUGGUCACCAAUCGAUCAUCACUCACUACCUCCCCAGUUGUUAUACGAACACAGACCGGAUCCUUAACUGCGAAUCCUGUUACUCUUCAUACCCAGCAAACAGCUCAAUCACAAAUUCAUCACCAACAGCAACAACAACAACAGCAACAAAGUAAUGCGCAAGUUAUAAGCAAUACCCCUCCAAAAAGUCUUAUUACCACUCCUAUUUUGGAUCACAGUGGUGCGCGGAAAAGACACGACUUCGAUUUUGAUUAUGGAGUGGAAAGUAAACGACGGAAGAGCGAAAAAGGUGGUAAAGGCCUUCGUCACUUCUCCAUGAAGGUUUGUGAGAAAGUUAAAGCAAAGGGCACAACAUCAUACAACGAAGUAGCUGAUGAACUUGUAUCAGAGUUUACAGACCCUACCCGGUGUGCAUCACCCUCUGAUGGUGCCAAUUAUGAUCAGAAGAAUAUUCGACGGAGAGUUUAUGAUGCACUUAAUGUUCUUAUGGCAAUGAACAUAAUUAGUAAAGAGAAAAAAGAAAUAAGGUGGUUGGGUCUACCUACAAAUUCAGCCCAGGAGUGCCGUAAAUUAGAACAAGAGAGACAUAAAAGAGUAGAACGCAUUAAGCUCAAGACACAACAAUUGCAAGAUCUUAUUUUACAACAAAUUGCAUUCAAAAAUUUGGUGGAGCGUAACCGGGCUGAAGAACGCAUCCAUGGAGCUCCCUCGCCAAAUUCUGCCAUCCAGCUUCCCUUCAUCAUUGUUAAUACAAAUAAAAAGACAAUCAUUGACUGUUCAAUUUCUAAUGACAAAACUGAAUAUCUUUUCAACUUUGAUGACACGUUUGAAAUCCAUGAUGACAUUGAAGUUUUGAAACGAAUGGGCAUGGCUUUAGGACUUGAGAAAGCUCAGUGUUCACGUACAGAUCUCGAGAGAGCCAAGUCUAUGGUGCCAAGAGCUCUAGAAAGUUAUGUCAUAGAUUUGGCAGAAGGUAACCAUGAACCCAAGCUAAAUCUUCGGGAGGAUCUAAGUAUACUUGGGGCUGAAGUGUAUAUUGAAGAAGACUUGGAAGUAGGUGCCAUGACUCGCACAGGCAGCAGUGGGGGUGCAAGUAGUGGAUUGGGUGUCAUAUCCCGCCACUCAUCUCUCAUCUCCCUCCAAAAUGAACACCGACCUGAUUCUGCAUCACCAUCUUCCUUUGGAGACGAGGAGGAUGAGGAUAUGCUCGAUGAUUCUGAUGUUGAUAUCAGUUAAUGUAAAUAUAACGGGAGGGUAUGUUUUAGGGGCUGGGGAGGGGGGUGUUAAAGAAAUGGUGAGGGUAUUUAAAAAGUAUUGCCAGUUGGUGUGAUUGUGUAAGGCAGUGUUAAAGGUUCCCGGUCAUUAUAUGGCCAGUGAUGUGGGCCAUGUAUUUUAUUUUUUGUUUUCAGAACUGUUUGGUACCCAUUUUAAUUAUGGGUGGAAAGCGAUUGUGUGGAGUAUUUAUACAUUGUAGGGAAAAAUUCAGCCCUUGAGUAGUUAUUUUUAAAAAGGCCUCAAGGAUUGAUGAAAUAUAACAUAGGAAUGAUGUAAUACGUGCCCUACCCUGUGGUUGGGAGCAGUUGCACCAGAGCCUGAGGUUUCUCAUACAAGACUGAAAAUAGGAUUGAUAUGGGUCAGGCAAAUAAAUUUUGCUCUUUUGGGGAGCAUUAAAUUGUAAUUAAAUGGAAUUUAAUGCAGCCUGUAUGAAGUACAACUGCAGGGGUUGGCCCUUGGACGCUUGUAAAAGAGAAUAUCAAUAAUUUGUUUAAAUGUGAAAGAAGUUGGAGAUUGUUGGGGGUAUAGUGUGGUGUUAUUGCAGGGGAGGGAGGGGGCCGUCUCAGCCUUGGGAUUCAGUACAAAGUGAAGUACAAUUUGUACUACUGCAUCUCUAGUGGCAUAGACAUUUCUGUGACUGGACUGUUUAUAUGCAAUCUUUUUUUCUUAAGUUGAAAUGUCACUUGUUUUUUUAUUGUGGAUAAUUUUUGCUGUUAUCUUUAUCUAUUAUCUGAAGGAUGUGUCUGCUUCGGGAGACUGGCAGGUUAGGAUUAUCAGCUCAUCAACUGUCCAUGUUAAUCUCACAUUUAAAGAUAUGAGAUAUUAGUUGUUGAACUUUUGUUGAUUUCAAAGUCAACUGAGUUUGAAUUGAAUGAUAAUCAAUCAAAAAGAUGAUUUCCUUUACCUGGCAGUGGUCAUUCUUCCUUUGUGGACUAUCUUGAAUCACAAAUGAUAAGAUAGAAGAUUCCAGUGAUAAGAAAUAUGUCCAAAGCUGUUAAUCGUUGGAACGUUAAAUGCCAUUAGUGAUAUUUAACCAUGUUGGCAUCAUCAUAAGCAACAGUUUCAAAGACUACAAAGUGAGUUUAUUUUUAUGAAAGCAGAGUAUAUGUGCAAAGAGAUGCUUAUUAUUACUCUUGGCCAGAAAGACAUGUAUAUAAAGAUUUACAUUCAGCUCAUUCAGCCGUGAUUUAUGUUAAACUGACUUCAUAAAUAUGAAUGUAGCAAGGGUAUUGUGAACUUCAAUUGGUGCCUGUUAUUUUAUUUAUUUUUUUAUUUUAAUUUGUCAUAAUGCAGAUAACAAGUCUCAUUUAUUGAGGGUCAUAGUUUCUGCUCUUGCUACAAGCACCCAAAUUAUGUUUUUGUGCUUUCAACGAACCACAGAAUGGUCUCAACACAAUUUUUCUAAAUGCAAAAUUGUGUAUAGUACAAAUUGUUUAGAUAGGAUCAUUAAUAUUUCUCUCGUUCCCAAAAUACAAUUAACUCACAAAGAGAGAGAAGCUGCCUGCCUGCCACUGUGUUAAGAGCGAGGAGAACAAUUGUCUGAGGUCAUCUAAGUAUGGUCAACUCUACAUUGUCAUGUCAGUUGUUCAACACUAUUGAGUUUUACAGUAAAGUUUUCAAGGUUUUCAUUUAGGAUAUAAACUUCCUUUUUUUUUGUGGUAGAGAGAGUUUUUGAUAUGACUCAUGCAUGUUACUGAUGAUAAUCUUUCAAAUAUAUUAUCAAAUAAAUAUUUGUGCAUAAACACUCAAAUACUGUAGGGUGUGAUUCAGGGAAUUAUUUUGUUGUAUACUGAAUUUAUUUUUAAUACAAAUGUAAGGCACUUCACAUUGUUGACAUUCCUGUGCAAUAUCUUGGAGAAUAUUGUUUUUAUUAAUUAAUGGCGAGUUAAAAGUUCAUUUCAUUGUGUUGCAUUGCUUGACAGGUAUACAACAUCAGUGUUGUAUGUGACAAGUAUACAUCCUCAGUGUUGCAUUACUUGACAAUUAUAGAAUAUAGUGUAUACUAUGAGCCCCACUGCAGCAAUGUUGCAUUGCUUGAUACAUAUAAAUGCUCAGUGUUGUAAUACUUGACAAAUAUACAACAAGUGAAGCCUAAAGAUACAGCUGGGAAUUAUAAUUAAUGAAGUGUCAAAAUUAGGCUUUAUUUUUAUAAUGUAUGUUUGAAUUAAAAUAAAUUUCUUUGAACAUUAUAAAAUGUGAUAGUAUAUAUAUAGAAAUAGUUUCAAUCUUGUUCUUAUAUCAGUAAUUUCCUUGUUUGUUUUUAAAUGUAUUAUAUACAAUAAAACUGUUUUAGAAUGAGUAAUAAUGUGCCUGAAAAACUAAUAUUAACUUUUUAAAGUUUGAUUGCUUAGAUCAAAAGAUUGAAUCACUGAGAAUAUAAAAGUUUACAUACACUGUACUUAAAAUGUUAUGCAUUAAGAGAUUUUAAGUACAGUAUGUCAAUAUAAUUUUAAAGUUACAAAUCUUAUUGUUAAAGACAAUUUUCUUAUCAAUUGGCAACACUACGACUGAGUCUUUGUGAGGUGUGACCAAACUCAAGUGGCCUGUGAGGACAGCUCCCCGGUGUAAUAUUUUCUCAUUUGGAAGUAGACUUCUCACGACAUUUCUAUUUUUAAUGCUGGAUUUGCAAAGUGGCAAGUUCUGCUGUUAAUAGGAUGUAUGAAGUGGUCGUCUAGCAGUGUGAGAGUAUGACGAGUGACUGAGUUGAGUGCAUGUGCUUUGUACACCUUAGUUUCUGCACUCACUGAUCCCUAUUCUUCAUGUCUUCACACAAACUAUAAGGAUCACAUUGUAACAUGUUGAAGAAAAAUAGAAGGUUUUCAUUA